GGCGUCUGCGGGUGUAUGUGCAGAUUUCACUUCUCACCGGCUGCUUUGGACAACGUUCACGGUAGCAGCAUGAGCACGCGGUCUCUCAUCACGUGGAACUUCCUGCUCGCACUAGUAACGAUUGGUUGUCAAGCCGAGGGUGGUGUAUCACGGGCAGCCGGCAUACAGCAAGAACUCGGAACGUACGGCAGAGCGGGCGUGGGCCAGCAAGUCGGUAGACUCGGCGCACUAGGCGGAGAAAGCCCACCGGGAUACGAUCCGAUUGCAAGUGCGCGCAGCGCGUACCCGUACGCAGAAUUUCGUCGAGUCACCGCUCACACCGACACGGGACGACGGCCGUACCAGCAGCGCUACGGCGCGCCGUUCUCGCGCGCCUCUAGCGGCCGCCACGGGGCCCGUGGAAACGCCUACGGGCGUAGUCGCGCGCAGCCGCACUAUCAGACAACAGGUGGCGCCACUGCCUACAACGUCGACCAGGAUUAUCUUCCGCAAAAGCCGGACGACGUGCGCGGGUACCGUGUGGGAUACAAGGCGAAGAAGUACGAUCUGGACGACAAAGAAUUCAAGCAGGAUAAAGGAUUCCGAUACGGGUACUCGUACGGGCACCGGUUCUUUGAACCAAUGCCGAUACGAUUCGCCGGCAUCGGCGAGCCGUUCUACAUCUAUCCGUUCGGAAAAGGUGGCGCCAUAUACGGCGGGUCGGGAUAUUCGUUCGACGAAGGCCAGAAACACAGAUCGCGAAAGGAAUACAGCGAAGAUGACAAGGCGGAAAAAGCUGGCGCGUACCUCAGUUCUAGCUACGAAACUCCGCAAGCAACUCGCGUUCCAGCAAAACAGUUAGACUAUAGGACUUCGCCGACUUCAAGCUAUGCACCAGUCCAGCAAGGAAACUAUCUUCCCACCCAGCAGAACGCUUACCGUUCUACGCCACAAGCCCGCUACCCGCCAAUAGCGCAAAGCAGUUAUCCCGCAUCGCAACAGAGGCAACAGCAGAGGCAAUUGCUUCAACAGCAGGGCAUCUCCGCCGCACCACAGCAGAGAUCCUACCUUCCCCCAAAGCAGAGCGCGUACGCUGCGACACGUGAGACGGGCUACCUUCCGCAGCAGCAGAGCGUUCACGCUGCGCCACAGCGGGGAUACCGUCCGACGCAUCAGAACGGUUACCGCCAGACACCGCAGCAGCAGCAGCAGCAGCGCGAUUACCUUCCCGCGCCGCACAGGAGUAGUUAUCCUCCAAGCCAACAGCUUAGCUACAGCGCUCCCCAGCAAACUGGUUACGUCGCAGCAGCCGCACAGACAGGUUACACCGCACCACGAUCAGCAAGAUACCGAUCUCGAGUGCCGUCGUACGUUUCCUCGAAUGAACCGUCGUACCCACGAGCGCAACAACCCCCCGUACCAUUCCAUCAGCAGACCCCGGCUUUGUCGCGCCUGAGACCUACUCCAUAUAGUGCGCCGCAACGAGCUAGAUCGACCUAUUAAAAUUUAGAUUCAUGUACACGUAUUUGUCAUGUACCUGCUCGCCUAUGGUGCUCUCAACUGCGUGACAGUCACUCGCGGGUGACAUUCUUGACACGGCGACACAUGCAAUGCUGUGCAUAAGAAUGCCGCGUAGAUUGUUCCACGAGUGAUAUUGUGCUGGCUUCGUUUUGAGUCCAGCGAAACGAGCGAAGCAGCGAAAACGGUAUGCAGUUAUGAUAAUAUUACAGCAUGAAGAUAUAUUUUUUAUUGUAUAUACGUAAAAUUCAUGCGAUCAAUUAGUACGAAUACUCUUAAUGUGUUACAGUGUAGGUUGUGCAGAUAUCUUUCGCAAAAUGCUAUGCUAUAGUGUUAUGGUUCGUAGAGCAAUAAUAUUCCGAAACCGUUUUACGUGUUAAAUUAAACUGACAUACCAUAUAGUGCGGAUAGCUGCAAACAAUAAUAUUCUAUGCUCAACAUAUAAACUUGUCUGAUUGUGCAUCGUGUUUUUUACGCUUGAUUAAAGAUUGGUACGGGUUUCAGUAAUACCCGUAACUAAACAAUGUAUGUAAACGGCUAUAGAUACAUACAUAAAACGUUCGUGCACUGAAUG